AUGGAUGACCGUCACACUAGCGUAUUUCUUACUGAGUGGUACCGACUGAGUUGCUACGAUAUCACGAAUGAGAAGGAACUUCCAUAUCAGUUAAUGCAAGCUGGACAACCUCGCGAGGAUGACGAAAAGUUGUGGGAUGUACUAAUAAAGCUUGCAAUUGUUGGACGACUGGGUGAAAUGGAACAAAUGUUGCAUAUCAUCAAGCAAGAGCAGGAAGAGAUCGUUGAUAUGAAUUCUUUAGAUGACACAAUCGACAACGCCAUUUCAACUCCUCAACCGCGACCGAUGAGUGUUAUGCAGACAGUGCAUAGUAUUAUACAAAGCGCUCCACCAGACAAUAUCUCAUCGAGAAGUGAUGGAACUUGGGAAGAAUGGCAAAGCCACUGUGGAUUGUGGGUUCAAUCCGACGAAUUGAAAGCUCAUCCCCAUGCAAAGAGAUUGGUAGGGUUACUGAGUGGUAAUAUGAAGGGUAUUCGCGAGGCAUGCACAAAUUGGGAAGAGAUGCUGGUUUCGUGCUGUUUAUACGGGCAGUACGGGAUGGCGAGCGGUGGAAACCUGCGUGGUGGCCAUACUUUGGUUUGGAAUUCAUCGGCGUCUGCAUCGGAAGCCUUCCCUGUUCCAGAAAAUGUUGCUCGCGGAGCACUUGUCGAGGCGUCAACAGGUGCCAUUCGCAAAGCAAUCGUGUCUCUGGAGGCUGGCCUUCCAACUAGUUGGUUUUCCGCCCACUUGUGCGACCUACUCGUCACAGCGGGGUAUCUCAAAGGUGACACAGGCGCCAAAGUGGAAAGGGCAAAACGGGCGACAGACCUUCGUGAGUUCUAUCUGAAGGAGUUUGCCCGAGAAGUGGAACGCUCCCGCGGAUGCUGGCGCAUUGCCGUGGAUUAUUAUAAGGCCUGUCCGUUACACGGCACAUCGAUGCUGAUCGACUUUUUAUCGCGAAUGCCAUUCGAGGGUUCGAGUGACCCAACCGUUGAAAAGGUUCUACUCAUUUGCACGAAAAUGAAACUGCAAAGAACGGGGCGGAACAUCUGCGAGAAGCUGGGCGCACAUUGCCUGAAUCAGGAAAAUCUUGGCGGUGCUAUGUCAUGGUUUGCAAGAGCUGGCCUUUACAAACGCGCUGAAAACGUAGCUGAACUGGCCUUGUCAAGAGCUGAAACGGAGGGCGCUGAUUCUCAAGCGGCCCGUUCUCUUGAAUGCGUUGUCUUCGCCCUCACAAGUGCUGGCGACGAAAAAAUGAUGGAGACCUUCUAUUACCUACGCGUUUACUGUGAGAUGCAACAAGCUCUUGUGAAGAUAUCUUCACUGUUCUCAGAUGGUUCGACUGAGAAGCUGCCAAAGUAUAUUUCGGAUUUGGUAUCGUCGGCGUGGCGCCUCGUCAGCAGGUGCAAGAUGGCGCGCCUGAAGGCCUAGAGUCGCCUUCGAAGUAGCCCGAGUCAUUGAACUCCAUCCCAAUGUAGUACCACUGCUUUCAAGAGUAGCUAUUAGCGACCUGCUAAGCGCUCUACAAUUGGCGUCAGGGCCACAUUGCAGCGAAGAACUGGCCCUUGGAAUACGGCGACGACUAGCGUUCGACACAUCACUAGCGAGAGAAGCUAAUAGGGAUGACGCUUCGCUAUCUCGAGAAUGCGAGGCCGCGAUGCAGCAUUGUCGUAGUGUUUUCAUUCGGACUGCAGCUACGAGAAUCACUGCGGAGUAAAGCGCCGUCGCCCUGCCCAGUACUGCCACUUUUCGGUCAUGAGGAGCCGCAUCCCAGCUUCCGUUCUGCGAUCUUCGGACAUUUUUUUGCCUGAUAAGUGGUCAACUUCUUUCCUUAGCAAACGAUGCUUCUCCAGCUUUGUUUGAACACGCUCAUGUUCGGAAUGCAAUCGAGUUUCAACGUGGAUCAAGUAAGUCAUGAUUCUGUCUAUAAAGGCUGCAGGGCUUAUACCAUUUUUCACGUCAA